AUGGAUUCCAAUCCAUACCGGCAGAGUACUAACUUUGUUGAUCUCCUUACGAGUCAACAAAGUGUCUUUAGUUUAGUUGAAGAUACUGUCCUUGAAGACACUCCUGCUGAGCGUAAGGAACGCAGGAUGAUUGCCGCUUACUUUGCGGCAAGUCCUAAGGUUGCAGCCACUGAACUCCGAGAAUACACUCAUUGCAAGCAGCGUUGGCACAAGAUAAAUGAUCAAGUCAACAAGUUCUGUGGGGCUUUUGAAGCUGCAAGUAGAGAGAAAACGAGUGGUCAAAAUGAGAAUGAUGUUCUCAAAUUAGCUCAUGAAAUAUUCUUCAAUAACCCCCCAAAAAAAAUUAUCCUUGAGCAUGCUUGGAAAGAGCUUCGGAAUGAUCAAAAAUGGUGUGAACUCUCAUACCAAGGAACCGCUAAAAGGAGGAAGUGUGAUGAGGGUUCACAGUCAGAGACUUCACAUGCCAAUGAAACAGGGACAGAGGAGCGUCCCCCAGGUGUUAAGGCAGCAAAAGGGAAGAAGAAGAAGAAUGUUGAGGGGAAGGAAACGCUGUCAAA